AUGUUCUCCAACCGAUUCUCGCCGAGCGUGAGCUGGAGAGGACCUUUCCAGCGAAGCAACAGACGCGGCAACGUGGGUUUCGAGCGGUUUCAAGUCAGGACGUUAACCUCAUUUGGGAUGAUAUCCGCCUAUUUGCCUAUUUCGUCGCCUAUUGGCGUAUGGGUACACGGUAUCGAAAUCGACUGGGCACCAGGUGCCGAGUCCGAGGGUGGAUUCCGAUGGCGCCACCGUCCUCGGAAAGUGGCCCUUAGUUCGCCGUUUUCCUCGUCGCCCCGCGCGCACCGCGGUCGCAAACGCGCCGGCAUGGUCGCGAUACCGCCCGCGCUCCGCCCCGCUUGGCGCCGCCGCCUCCUCCUCCGCCUCCUCCUGCCCCUCUUUCUCGCCGUCUCGCUCGCCACCGGCGUGGCGCGCGCGGACGAGGCGGCGCACCCGACGCGUAGCCCAGUCCGAGACGAAAACGUCUUCUUCGACGCGUACGAGUGGCCGGUCGGGCCGGCGCUCGAGGGACUCCCGCGCGCGUCCGCGAACGAGGACGAGGGACUGCUCGUCGCGACAUCCUCGUCCUCCUCGUGCGACGGUCGGGACGCCGCCUUGCUCCGCGUGUCGCCCUGGCCGGGGUGCGGCGCGCAGGUCACGCUCGCGCUCGGCUGGAACGUCGGCUCGGCCGACGACGACGACGACGACGACGACGACGACGACGCCUUCCUCAUCGCGUCCCUCGGCGCGGCGGGCAGGCACGCGAGCGCGACGAUCGCACACGUGCCGCAGGACUCGGGAAUGUCCGCGCUGGCGCUCGCGAUGCCCUCGAACGAUCCACUCGCGACGACGGCGGUGCUCGACACAGCUGUGCGACUCCUCGACGCGUUGCCGCGAACGGAGAUCGUCUCGGUGUGGGCGCUGUCCAACACGUACGGACGACCGCGGCCGGAGCUGCUGGCGGACUUUCGCGAGCUGCGACUGGGCGGGCGGGGGCACGCGGCCGGGGCGCUGAGGGCGGCGUUAGCGGCGGCGUCGGCGGCCGCUCUCGGCGGAGGGGCUUCGACGACGUUGACGGGUUUGGGUACCGACGGGGACCGGGUGGAGGACGAGGCGUGGUCGAGGUCGACGCUGGAGGUGCUCAGGGAGUCGUCCAGGGUGUUGGACCACGCGGAAGGUCCGGUGGCGCGCGAUCUCAUCGUCGUCGCGCCUCGUGUUUUCGACGUGUACGACGGCGGUUCGAGGGACGGAGGAGGAGAGCAUUGGGAAAAAUCCCGGGGCUUGUUCGGCGGCGGCCGCUGGUUCCCGUCGUUGCUCACCGUGGACAGAAUGGCUCGUAACGGCUCGGUAGACGACGCGUCCGCGCUCGCGUCGAGGAUGGCGCGAAGGCGACGGAGGAUAUACCGCGCGGGUCUGUGCGGCGCGGACGCGGCUUCUCGAUCCGUCGCGUCCGUCGGCGGCGAGACGGGUAGCGUCGUCGCGGCUCCAGUCGUCGGGGCGCUGAGGGCGGCGAGUCCUGCGCCGUGGUCCUGCCCCGAGCGACGCGCGGGGGACGCCGUGGCGCUCUUCGUCGACGUGGCAUCCGACGUGGCAUCUGCUGACGUGGCGGCCCCAACCAAUCGAUCGUCGUCGUGGUGUCCGGUUCGAGUUCCGCUUCCUUCCGGAGCGCCGACGGCGCACCUCUCUCGCGCGACGUGCGUCGCGUCGGCGGCCGCAACGGACGAGUACCCGUACCCGGCCGGUGACGCCGUGACGCUGCGAAUGGACGACGCGGAACGCGCGGACUUCGACGACAAGCGAUCGUUCCUCCGCGGGACGUGGGAGGAGAUGGUGUCGGCGAAGAGGAAGAUGUCGUUGGCGGUUGAGCUCGGUUCGGGUGAGCACGUCGACGGCUCGAGGGCGACGGCUAAGUUCCGCGGCGUGAGCUCGUUUCGCGAUUGCGUGCGCAAGUCGCUGGCGGUGAACCUGAAGGGCAAGACGUGGCGUCGGCUGUCGCCGGGCGCGGCGUCCGAUAAGUUCCUGCUCGUGUCCAUGUGCUACGACGAUCGGUAUCUGAAAACCGCUCGGGUGUUGAAGAUGGCCAAGGCUGUCGGCGCUUUUCCGCACGCCACGCCGCGGUACGUUCGUCUGCUCGUCGAAAACCGUCGCGAGGGGAAGGUCGAGAACCACGGCCUGUACCUGCUGAUGGCGGACCCGACGAGCGGCGUGACGGACGCCAAAGCGCGACCCGCCGCGGUGGUUCGCAGGCGCAACGACGCGUAUCGGUCGACGAGCGAAGAGAAGGGGAAACCCGACGUCAAGUUCCCGAAAGUUGACGGCCCGGGCGAGGACAUAGCGGACGCCCUGACCCUCGCCGAGUACGACAACGUCGCGCGCGUCGCGCUCACGUGCGAGCCCGAGGAGCGGUGUUUCGAUCAACUGGACCGCGUCCUCGACGUGAACCAAUACCUCCGCUGGCUCGCGCUGAUGACGUUUGUCGACUCGGGCGAUCACGUCGACGAGGCUUGGUUCUACGCCUCCGACACGGCGGCGCCCGAGUCCCUCAGCGCCGUGCGUUCGAACCUUAACGCGAAUAGCAACGACGUGGAGGUACCCCACACGGUACACGCGUCGUGGAGGUUCGAGACGCACGCGUGGGACCCCGACGAUUCGUUCCAGUCGUGCCACCACGGCGGCGAAAACGCGCUGCCCGACCCGCACGGGACUUUAAAGUGCGCGGAGGGGGACGUGGACAACGUGCUACUCCGGUCACGGGACGUGUACGCGCGGUACAUGGACUGGCUCGAGUGGACUUUGCGGUUCGGGAUGGAUCGACGAACGGCGACGCGGCUGGCGAAGGAGGCGACGGACGACUUGUUCGCGGUGCUAGCCGACGACGACACCGCGUUUGGGCUCGCCGAGCUGAGAGCGGCAAACUCGAGCGCGACGACGUCGGCGGAGAACGCCCGGGACGACAUACGCGCGAGCGGGGAGUGGUACUCGUGGCUGCUGGAGGAGCGGAGGAGGGUGCUGCUGCGUCGUGUCGGCGCGUGGCGGGAGAAAUCCGGGAUCCUCACGCCGCGAAUCGGCUUCUUCGCAAACUUCACCGAGAGAUUUCCGAGAACCGCGAUGAGUAGCGGCGCGGGCCCGUUAGAGCUCUCGUUCGAUGCGAGCGAGCGCGCGUACGACGCCGGACUUUUCCAGGAGCUGGCCCUCUCCGGCGUGAGACUGACGAACCGCGGGCGUGCACCCGCGCGGGUGUUCGACCCGGAAACCGGCGCAUCGCGCUUCGUCGUGAGAGUCGGCUUCGACCCGACGGUCGUGUAUCGGGGCCGGUCGUACGUCGCCCGUGCCGAGGAGUUUGCCGUGGCGUGCUGGAACGGGAGGGAUGUCGCGGAGGGGGGGAUAUAUAACGACCCGAUCGACGCGGCGCCGAGGUGCGACGUCAGAACCUCCGAGGACGCGCAGUACGUCGUUCGACCCUCGAUCGGUAACGCCACCGUCUCAAUCGGGUUCGAAAGCGUCCCGGGGCGAAAGUCCGGUACACUCGAUACAGGCGUCCUGUGCGGCGGGUGCGAGCUCGAGCUCGGGACGGUGUCGCUGCACCACACGCACUGGCUGGGGUUUGAGGACGGGAUCGUCGGUGAAAACGCGGACGGGACGCGCGCGUUCGCGUUCGAGUACGAGCGUAGCGACGAUUCGUAUCCGGCGAGGGGGGGCGGGAACGGUCGCGAACCGGGUUUGCCGCCGCGCGCGCCUCGUCGUCGUCGCCGCCGCGUCCGCGUCCGCGGGGAUCCUUGA